AAAAAAAAAAGCCAGAAGGAUUCCUCACCAUCCCUUUUUCUUUCUUUUUUCCCACUUGACCCACUUACCAAACAAAAAAGAGCGACCAUCCCUUUAUUCCCCCCCCUGUUGAAAAUAACAGGACGACGAUCGAUCCAGCUGUCAUGCCUUCACCUAUUGAGACGUGGUACACCGACAUUCCUCCCAUUACGCGCAUCUACAUUACUGCGUCCUGUUUAACCAGUCUUGCUGUUCAACUCGGUUUCGUUCAUCCACUUCAGCUUUGGCUCAACUAUGAUAGAAUCAUUUACGGUUAUCAGUGGUGGCGACUCUUGACCAACUUUCUAUACUUUGGUCCGCUAUCGAUUGAUUUCCUAUUCCAUAUGUUCUUUUUGGCACGCUAUUCACGGAUGAUGGAAGAAGGGUUCUUUCGCAACAAACCAGCGGAUUACGUUUGGCUCUUGUUUUUCUCGGCAGCGUCGCUUAUCAUCUGCUCGACAAUCUUGCCAUUUGCAUACAUGCCGUUUUUAGGGUCACCGCUGGCAUUUACGAUGGUGUAUAUCUGGGCUAGACGGAAUCCAUAUGUUCGACUGAACUUUUUGGGAUUGCUGGUGUUUAGGGCGCCCCAUCUGCCAUGGGUCCUCUUGUGCUUUUCGUUAUUGUUGAGCGGCCAGUUGCCGACGGGUGAUCUACUCGGUAUUGGCGUCGGUCACAUUUAUUACUUUUUCGAAGAUAUUUGGCCUCGUGAUCCAGCGAGUGGAGGUCGACGGUGGUUAGAGACGCCAAGGAUUGUACGUUGGUUGAUUGAUUCGAAUCGGCAAGAGGAAGGGAUUGAAAUACACAACAACAGCAACAACAAUGAUACCGUGUCGGAUGAUGAAUAUCAAGAGGAACCAGAGGAAGAGCUUGAUCAACAUGCUGCUAUCAAUCACAAUAGUGGGAACGGAAAUGCUAGCAGGAGUCUACCAGAAGAAUUGGAGGGAAAAGAUGAGGCUAGAAAGUCAAAGCCUGCUGCUGCAGCUAGAGCUAGGACUAGCAGUAGCGCGGUAGAAACACCAUCAUCUUCUAAACCACGACCCUCUCAAUCGUCAUCAACAACAUCACCGUCACAACCUUCUUCCUUAUCACCCACGUCGUCGUCUUCGUCUUCAUCGUCAUCAUGAUCAAGUUGAAAAAACUCACAACAGUUUUGCAUGGCGGAGAGAUUAAAGGCAGUGCCCUCUUGGAAAAUGGGGAAUUUUGCUAGUCUAUUACUACUACCACCACUUAAUACUAUAUAGAGUUUUACCCCCACCCCCCACUACUAUUACUAGGUUAUAUGAAACCACACACGUCAUCCACGCACCGUACCAAAACAACAACUCCAUUUUUUAGCUGCUGCUUGUAUAAACCCCACCACUCCCCCUCCGGCACACCUUUUGAAAACAACAAAGCAACUUGCAACGAAACAAGAAGAAAACACUCAUGGACUGUUGCUUAAUUCUCUUUUUUUCUCUCAACCUUUUAACACCUUCUACCUAGCAGUACAUAGUAUACAUCUUAACCUCUCACUUAACACAUUUGUGCUUCAACCCAGAUAAAUCAUAAAAAGAGGGUUAAAGGGCCUUUCCCUUGAAA